AGUAAAUAGCGGGUACCGAGACGGCUCCAGUUUCUAGCCGGAUGCCUUAUGGGAUGAGGCACUUCCUGGAAACGGGGAGAGCGCGGGAAGUUUGUGUGGAGCUGAGAGAAAAUAGUCAGAUAAAUGUUUAUGUAUUAUACGCUUCUAAUAUUAUAUAAUAUUGUGUUGUGGAGAGCAUAGAUCGAAAAAUCUGGAGCGAGAAUACACAAAACGGGAAGAAUAAGAGACAAUGCGCGUAUAAAAAAAACAGAUUAAAUGUACAGAGAACAGAAAACAGAGAGAGAGAGAUAAAAACACGGGAAUGGAUUGAAACAAACGAAGAUAGGGAUCCUGCGCCAAAGGCCAGUCAAAAAACCCUAGCAAUAGGAGGCCUAUGAGACCACUGAUUUUUGGAGACAGUGCCCGGAAGAGCGCGGAGCCACCUUUCAGUCAGUUUGUCUGUUUAUUUUAGUGUAAUCUGUUCUGGCCACACCUUGCAAUGGACCGAUAUGUGCUAUUAGUCGUUUGGAAUUAUAGAAGCGACCAAGAUCAAGAUGAAGAGUUUACUGAACUGACAGCCAUUAAACGUAUCUAUGAGCUACUGAGAAAGAAUGCCAGAAUCUCAUCAAAUUCGAGAUUGGCCUUGCUUCCAGCCUGUUCACUAACAGGUGGCGCAACACCACAGAAAUGGUUCUUCGCAAUUCAGGCAAUCCAUGGCUUUUCUCAGUUCUGUAGUCCAGAGUGGGACGAAAUUGGUUCCAGUGAAGAGGACAGUGACUGUGAGAAACCUUUGCCAGUAUUAAUUGAAGAAUGUCUGAAUAGUAUAAAUAGUUGUGAGGAAGAGGAUGGUAAUGUCAAAGAGCCCUCAUCACUGUGUGAGUUAUUUGAAGAGGCUGCUGAGGGUCUACAUCACCUGGCAGAUAAAUUGCCUCCUCCAGGCAGGGGGUUAUUGGAUCUAAUCCUACUGGUCUCCGGUCAUGGUGUUCCUAGGUUGAAAGACUGGCUUCCUGUUGUGGGUGCAUUUAAACAUCUGCGAGAAUGGCAUUCAGCAGAAAUUAUCAUUGCUGUAAAGGAUGGCAAGUGUUGGCAGAAAAUUUCCGAGAACCUUGGAGCAACUGUGGUAGACCCAGAACAUUUUGAGAACAUGAUUGAUCCAUUGGUAAUUUGGAGAGGGAACAUUCACAUCAAAGAGCGGAAGUUUGCUUCUGAGGUCAUGUUUCCAGGAUUCUGCUUGAAAGCUGGCACUCAAAAAUUUUGCAAUUAUUUAAUAAAUUCCAACACAUCAUUUGAACGUGUAUCCAUGACAUCUAGAACAACAGAUGCAAAAGGAGAGGGUUUUUAUUAUUAUAAGCCAGUGUUGGAGUUUGUGCAGUUGGUGGCGCUGUCAGACUUUCCCUCCUACUUCCAAUGUGGAAUUGAGUUCGAGUUCACUUUAUCAAGACGUAAUGCACAAGGCAAAUCUAAACAACUACUGAAGCAACUUUCUUCUCUGCAAGGGAAGGUUGGAGCUUUUUUUAAUCUAUCUUGUACAGUGAGCAGCGCUCAUAUUCCACCAGCUAACCAGUACAGUACACGGAAAUGGAAAGAUUACAUGGCAAAGAAGCCAAAAAGCAUUAAUGUUCCAGAGAUUGAGAUGAAAGGAGAGAUUUGCAGCUACUACCUGAUGAUUCAAGGCAAUUGUCGAGGUGGCUGCAAGGCAAUCCUGAUUCAUUCAGCCAAUCAGAUAAAUGGAGCUGCAGCUGUAGCCAUAGUGAAUGGGAUCCUGGAAGAAAGACUUGAAGACAAAGAAGGUGAAGAGUGUGAUGUUGCAGAGCUUCUUGAGGCAAUGCCUUAUCUUACUGGAGACCAGCUAGUACACAGAGAGAUGAAACUGACACAAGUUCAAACGCUUGCUUUAAGAGAGUUCCUCAAAAACGGGCAGAUGAGUAAAAUUCCUACAUUGAUUCCAAUUAAUGAAUUGAAGGCAUUGUUAACCUUGGUGCGAGAACAGUACUUUGGGCGAUAUGGCAGAAACCUGCCAAGCAAUAUAUCGGGCAGUGUAUGUCAAAGACGAGAAGACACAGUUAACCAUACUGAAACUGACAGCUCAAUCCUAAGCCCAUCACAGCAGCCUGAGAGAAGUGUACUUGAAAACUACGAAAAUCUUGAAAGAAUUAGACAGAAGUCCAGAGUUGGUUCUAUGUUGACAAGCUCAUCUGAGACACUAUUGGGACUUCAGGAUAGCCAAAGAGUUCUUCCAGUUCAGCUUGACGCCAAAGAACUACUGAAGUAUUUUACACCUGAAGGUUUUCCAGUUGCUGAGCUCCAACCUUUACAGAUACAGCGAGGUGAAAAUGAGUUUCCGUUGACCCCAGAGAUGACUGUGCAGAAGUUGAAAGGUUUGCCGUUUGAAAAGGCUACAGAAUGCCAUUACCAUGGAGUUGAGUAUUGCCUCGACAACAGCAGAGCACUGGAAAAAGACAUUCGAUUUGGGAAGCUUCAGUCUCGCCUUAUUCGCUAUGAAACUAACACAACCUGUUCAAGAGAACAGUGUCCAGUUAUUUAUGGAUUAAGCCCACUGUCAUCUCCUGCAGUCCUUUCAGAACCUGGAAGUGUACCAGAUGGUGAAGCUUUACAGAAUGAUCAGAAAACUACUGGUGGGAUUGGACAAAAGUGUACAUCAAGAAAGGUGGAGAGUUUCCAUCAGAACAAAAGACUUAGCAAAUCCAAAAGCACAGAAUCCCUCAAUUCCCAGUAUUCACUACAAAUAUCACAGGGGGCUGGAAAUAAUGGAAAUCAUCUAAUAGCUGGUUUGCAGAAUCACUCUCAAAGGCAUGCAGCUGUUUCAUCUUCCAAUAAGGUGCCAAACAGCCGGAUUCAGAGAAUGGCAACAAAGGCUAGUCAUGAAAAUGCGAAAAAAGAAUCACGAUCUCAGAAGCACAAAAGGAUGCUGAAAGAAGUUGUAGCAAAAGUACUUGAGAAUAAUGGAAUUUCAAAGAAGCAUAACUCUUUUCUAUCGUGCAGUCAACGUUUGUUUAAAAUAUCCAUGCUUUACCUGAAGGAUUUAAAAACGUCACGUGGACUACAUGAAGAAAUGAAAAAGACUGCAAACAAUAAUGUGCGACAGGUGAUUGACUGGGUGUUGGAAAAAGCUGAUGUGAAGUGAAAUUCUAGAAACUGGAAAUCCUGCUAAAAGCUUCCUUAUCUGCUGGGAUUUCAUUGACAAGCUCUUAACGUGAAUGCAGCAUGAAGUAACCAAAAAUAAAAAUGUGUUUAAUUGUGUUACAUAGCAACUUCAAUGAUUUUGUUCUUAUUCUGGAUGCUGAGGUACUCGGAGACUAGUAGAAUAAUUGAGAUUAUGCAUAUUCUUUUUGUAUCGAAACAAUAUGCAUUUCAUUCCUAAAACAUCUAUAAUCCAGUUAAAGCCUUGAAUCUUAAGUUUUUACUGUUUUUUCCAAUUUUAAAAUUAAAAUGUGCUGGUUUUUAUCUGUUUGAUUUUAAGUGUUUUGUGACCAAACAAAAAUCCACCCUAUCAGUUCCUGCAGCUAUGCCAGCUGCGUUAAAAUCAAAUGACUUUGAAAUAUUAUAAACUUUCAGAAACAAAGAAAUACGUUUGUUUCACAACAGCAAGCACUCAAAUAUUAAGUAGCGAAUUAACUUAAAAUAUAGGGUAUCUUCUCUGUUCCCUUUUAAAAUAUUGAAUUUGCCUUGCUUUGGUAUGAACCGUGGAGCAAAAAUCCAUUCUUUUGAUUCUUUACAAAGAAUUAUAAUGCGAUCCUGCCUUACCACAUCUUGUAAAAUGGCCUGAGAAUAUUGUCAGAGUCAAAGAAUCAAUGAAGAAACUGAUCCUAUGUCCUUUAUUAUAGUUUUCAGGAUAGAAAACGUUCUCUUAUAGUUUGGGUGAGGAUGAGAACAUAGAAUAAUGAAGUAGAAUAAUGAAGAACAGUCAUUUGCUCAGGCUAACUAAAGUAAAUGAGGGAAACUGUUUACUGGCCCUUCUGACACUAUGUACCAAGGUCAAAAUCUAAGGUCAUUGGUGGGGAGAAAAAGCAAAAACAAAAAAGAAUCCUGCUUUUUCCAAACUGCAAUAUCCGAAUAGGUGGUUAAAGCAGAUUAAAUAACUUUCUAAAGACAACUGAAUAAUUACAUGGAGCAAAAUUUGCAGGGCAGGGGUAAAAAGGGCAAUGGUGGUGGUGGUGGGGGAGGUGGGUGGCGAAUUUAGCUACUUCUUACUGAGAUUUAGCACAGACACAAUAAGUCAAGCUUUUUAGUUUUGCUUUGUGAUAACAUUCCACGAUUCUCUAGUUGGCCUCUCAUGACUGUGUUAGUUGGCAACAAUUUGUUGCACAUUCAUCAGGAGACAUUAUCGUCAUUUUGGUUGAGAAUUUUGUUUUCUGUGUUUCAUAGAUGUCCAAUUUAAAUAGGCUGUUUGCCGUUUGCUUAUCCAAAUUCUGCCUCAGAUCUUAGGCUGGUUCUGCCCAUCUCCAGCUCACUGACAAGCUAACAAAUAUUCUCUUUACCAGAGUAAAGAGGCGCUGUUUGUCAACAAUAUUUAAACACCAGAAGCAAUUUCCACGCAUCACACUGACCUCUGUGGAGGCACAAUCAGAGUAUGACUGAUCCUUUCAAGGAAAAUACAUGAUCAAACAAAACAACCUAUGUGCCUUCUAAUUUGGCCAAUAUUCCUUCGGCUUUCCUGAACUAGCCAGUAGGCAACUAUUCUGGUUUGGAUUGCACUCUUGCUAUUGGAACACUUUGCCUGCAACGGUAGUAGAUUCGCCAACUUUACGUACAUUUAAGUCGACAUUGAACAAGCAUAUGGAUGUACAUGGAAUAGUGUAGGUUAGAUGGGCUUCAGAUUGGUAUGACAGGUCGGCACAACAUCGAAGGCCGAAGGGCCUGUACUGUGCUGUAAUGUUCUAUGUUCUAUGUUCUAAAUGCUGCAGCUUCAUAGAAACGUAUACAUUUAUUUGUACAAAAAUUCUACAGUAUUUAUUCUAAUUCUGUUUUUAUUGUACUUUUUCCCAGCAUCUUCACUAACUUAGGCAUUUUAAAAUCUAAAUUAUUGACAGCCAUUUGAAAAGUGAAAGAUGAAAACUGCACUAUAUCAAAAGUGAUGAUUAUUGUUUUAAAAUAUGAAGACACGAUUAAAGAAGUAAGGGGGAAAGCAAUCUGAGGAACAACCAGAGCAUCACCUUUAAGUAGAGAAUUCUACAGGCCGUUCUCAAUGAAUCUCUCUCAUUUAGCCUAAUACUUAAACCUUGAGAACAGUUGUAUAUGUAAUGUUAAAGCAGUAAUAAUAUAAAGACCAUAUAAAAUCUUUAGAAACAAUCUCAUGCAAUUCAUUCAACAGCCAUCACUGAGCCCGUCACAUAUUGCAAGUAUCUGGACUGAACCUUUUGAACUUGGUCUAAGUUACUCCAAGUUAUCUUGCACUUGACUAGUUGUGAUAUUAUGUGAAGUCAAUUGUCUUUAUUGGGAAAAUAGCUCUGAUUUACCUAGAUCAUUUACUGGUCCAGCUUCUGACCUGUGGAGGGCAACUAGUGAAAAAUUUGAAACAACUGGUCGAAUGAACGUAUUUCCAAAAUGGUGAUUUUUGUUUGUUUGAUUAUGCUGUAAGGCUGUGCACAUUUUCUGAAAACUGUUUUAAAUCUAGUUACUCAAAGCCAACUUGUACGCAAAUUAGCUUCCUUUUGUAGGUAACACUUCUGGAAAGAAGCAAAUGAACACACGGAAAUAAAGUUUAUGAUCGUCUUUUAUUCAUUAUUCAUUUAUAUACAAUCAAUUGUCAAGCAUAUUCUUAAAACUAAAGGGAAAAGCUUCAUUUUGUUUAUUAAGUAAAAAGUACAGAAAAUGAGCAGGACACUUUUUUGUGGUAAAUUAUACAUCAGUUCACAAAAUUCAAAUUUUACACAUUAACUGUCUCAAUUAUAUUACUGAGAGCUGUGGAUAUACAAAAUGAGUUUGCAAAGCUGGAUCCUUCAGAAAACUUGUAACCUUUUCUUGCUUUUGCUGGUUUGCUGAACCCACCAAUAAAAUUAAAGUUGAGAAUUCUGUCUCCAUUCUCUACGUAAAGUUAUAAUAUUUAAUUAGUGGGCUCUUAUUCAGUUUGAAAUGUAUCUUUGCCGUUAGCAUAUGAUGAAUAUUAGUCUUUACAGAGACCAAGUUCAUUUUAACGCUUCAUUAGAUUGUGUAGGUAUCAUACUUAAAAUCAAAAUAUAUCGUAGCCCAUAUGCAUUUGUCACAGUACUUAAUAUGUAAAUGAGAACUGAAGGCACAUUAAAGUAUCAGCUGUGGAUUAAUUGUUCAAAUUUUAUAAAUAUUUUUUCACAGUUAUUCAGUAUAUCAGCAAAAUACUCAUCGGCAAAUAGAAGCUCAGACUUGUAGAAUUGCUGAGAAACUAGUAAUUUAGUUGUUUGCACUUAAAGAGAAAAAUACAUUUUUAAUUAAGUUCUUGGGAACUUCAUAUCAAUCUAAUGCGUAGUCGAAAUGCUACAAAAAAACUAUCUCAUAAAUGAUCAGUAAGUUAAUUCCAAAUCUCUCCCUAGUGCUAUAUCUUCUGAAAUCUUUGGCAUUAACCUUUUUUUUGUGUUUAACUCAACAUUUGCACUUUGAUUACAGAAGAUGUACUAGAUAUGAUUUCGCCUUAACCUAAAGUAACGCAACAGUUUACACCUAGCUGCUUUCACGUUGCCCUCUGUAGGGUGCUGAUGUGUAGAAUCUGUAUAGUCCGUCACUUCAAG